GCUUGUCCUGCUUUCAUCGGAGACAAACAGAUGCCUGCCUUCGGCUUCGGUGCCGUUAAUGAACUUCUCCCUGCUCGUGCCUUUAGGAGCCAUGGUGGGGCUUGGGGGGGCGCGGUGCUUGCUAUUGGGAUGAAUGGAGAAGUUGGGAGGCGAGCAAGGAGCCGCCUGAGUGCAGUCGAACAGCGCAGGAGGCUCGGGCAGGGGGCUCUUCGGCCGGUCCCUCCCACGGCCCGGGUCCUUCCCGCCCGUCUCGGUGGGGAGGGGAGGGGAUGCGCUGCCCUAGACGGGCUGGGCUUGGAUUUCAGUAAGGGGCGGGAGGCGCCGGCACAAAGGCCGAGGCACGUUAGGGCUGGCCAGGGAGGGUUACGGGUAUCGGCUGCAGCCUCUGCAAGAGCCUCCAGGUGGGACUCUGAGCUCCGGCAAGUGGGUUAGGCCGUGGGGGGACUGGAUGUCCUUUCCCUCGUUCCCCUGCUUCGCAUUAGCCACGGCUCCUAGCCAGUUUAUGCCCCGCUUGAGUCUAGCGAUGCGUCUCCCCUGGGCACAGCUGAGUCUAGCACUGAUGCUGACUCUGGGGCUCAUCCCAGCCCUGGCGGGGCCCGUGAGCACCUGUGACGCCAACGGGAGCCUGUACUACGUGGGCGAGUGGUAUUUCCUGGACAGUGACCACUGCACCCAGUGCGAGUGCACCCCCGAAGGGCCAGCCUGCGCUCGCACGGACUGCACCGCCCUGCCACCUGCCUGCAUCCACGUCAGCCACUACCCCAGUGACUGCUGCCCGCGCUGCGAACGUGUCGGCUGUGAACACCGUGGCCAAGUUUAUGAGUUGGGACAGCACUUCCAGCCAUCAGAAUGUGAACAGUGUACCUGUGAUAUAGAUGGCAUAGCUCGCUGCCUAGUGGCCGACUGUGCUCCUCCACCAUGUGUCAAUCCUGUCUACGAGAAGGGCCACUGCUGCCCCACCUGCAAGGACGGGCCCAACUGUUAUGUUGAUGGCAGCCAGCGUCAAAUCAUCCCUUCUGGGGAAAGCGUCUGGGUGGGGCACUGUAUGCAUUGCCGGUGUCACGAUGGCCAAGAUGCUGGGUACUGGGAAGGAAAUCGUGUAGCCAAAUGUGAGCUAUUACCAGGCUGCCAGGCUACAGCUGGACACCAUGCUUGAGCUUGCAACACCCAGCAAUUCCUCAGCCAACCCACCAAAGCAAUACAUUUCUAAAAUCCCUGCCCAUACAAACAGUCCCUGUUCACCAACCCCUCAGUCCAGCCAAAACCUUCUACCUGCACAAGCAGGCAUCACACCUAGCCCCGCUGCCUUUCUCCCAUGAGUAGAAUGAACUACUAUACAUGGGACUACUUCACAGACUAUGCUGGUAAGCCCCUUGAAUGUUUCCCUUUAUUUAAGGCAUCACCAUUACUCAGUACUCAGACAGACUUCUUACCCAUUUGUUUCACUGCAGCUGUGUUGAGAUACAACAUUGUCCUAUAAAACAUCUUGUCCUAUGUAACUGUGGAAAAAGCAAUAAAGGAUCCUAGUACAACUGGUCUCAACUGGGCUACACAGCUAUAUCCCCAGUUAUUUAGGCUAGACCAUCUCGAGCCUGUUUUGGGUCAAAAAGAGGGAUGCGUAAUAUGCCACAGUUGGUGAGACAGUCUCACCUUUAACUCUGUAAUUUAGACUUUACCAGGUUGAAAAACGCAAACUCUGUGCUGGGGAUGGUUAAGGAAAAUGUUGAAGAUAAAACAGGAAACAUUAUAAUGCCCUUGUAUCAU